CCUACAACUAAAACGUAACGCCCCCUUGAAAAGCAUUGAAUAAUUUCGUGAUUGAAAUCUGACAGCUGGAAAACAAUUAGAACCUAAUUUGAAACUUCACCAUCACCAUUUAAGUAUACUUUCCAUCGCUGCAGUUACGUUUUUUCAAUAUGUCCGCCAAUCUACCAAACGACGUUCUAAUUUUGAUUAAAGACAUACAGUCGGGACUGAAAAAUGUAAAUGUAAUUUUUAUCGUAUUGGAAAUAGGACGGGUGACAAAAACAAAGGAUGGACACGAAGUUCGAUCCUGUAAGGUGGCUGAUAAGAGUGGGUGUAUCACCUUAUCAGUAUGGGACGAGGUGGGUGGACUAAUACAGCCAGGAGACAUCAUCCGCCUAACACGAGGAUAUGCAUCACUGUGGAAGGGGUGCCUGACUCUCUAUACAGGAAGAGGAGGAGACCUACAGAAGAUAGGAGAGUUUUGCAUGCUUUUCUCUGAGGUGCCCAACUUUAGUGAACCAAACCCAGAGGUACUGGCCCAGGCUAACAAACCAUGUAAAAUUGAGUCCCUGAACAGUUCAUCUGUGAGUCAAAGCACUGCCUCCUCAAUCACUGCUCUCACCUACUCUUCAAAUAGCUGCUCUCCACUCUCUCGGAAUCCAACCUAUGGGAGUGCAGGACGACUGAACGGGCGUGGAACAGGAAAUCCUUGCACAGCCUCCAAACCGACUGUAUCCAGGGGCAAUGGAAGGGACCCAAGAAGGGCUGUGAAGCGGAAAUGAAACUUGUGUCUAAUGAGAAGGCAACUGUGGCUUCUUCUGACUUGCUUUGCUGUAUUGUUUUUAUUUGUAUUUUGCCAAAGUAUUUUUUUCUGCUAACAGUCAAUUUGUUACAUAGUGGUCACAAUUUAACAGAGAAUAACAUAUAUAGGAUAAAUAAAAUACAUUGGAGCCAAUAUAGUUGUUAGUAUUGAUCUAAAAAUCCUGUUGCCACCUCUAGUUGUUUGUACAAGAUUCAUACUGGUAGAUCUGCUCCUAUCAGAGUUGUAGAGGUUCAU